AUGUCUGAUCAGCAGUUGCUUCGGGAUAUGCUAACUCCGCUUGAGACUGUAGACAUUGAAACCCUGCUGCCGACAGAGACGGAGGCUUGGUGCAAUCAGCGGCUUAAAGAGAUCGGAUUUAAGGCUCGACUAGAUUUCGAAGAUGACUUUAAGCGCCCAUAUGUUGAUGCAUUUAUUCAACUACGAGAUCUUAUUGAACAACAUCAAAAAACAGGAUAUCUGCCAAUCCUACAGCUGACACCGGUCUCAACUGGUGGUGCCAUGGAAUACGAACGCCUUCUUCAACGCAACUACCUCGCUGAUCCCGAGUUCUGA